ACCGGAAGCGAAGCAGGCGAGAAGGUCAGGGAUUCAACAUGGCGCUGCGCGGUGUGUUGCGGUCUGUGUGGACCUCAGCCGCUGGCUUCAGAUUAGGAACCAACGCGGGCUUCCUCCGAACGACAAGUUCUCCCCAACUGUCCGCGUCCACCGUCCAGAGCAGAGGGAUCCGCCAAGUGGUAGAGACGCAAGAGGGUAAAACAACAACGGUUGAGGGACAUAUCGUGGACGUUCCUGCGGGACCACAACCUCCAAACCCCACAGCCAAGUGUCCUAUUUACAGAUGGGACCUACAGCACAAAUACAACUACACGGACGUCCUAUUGCUCAGUCAGUUCAUCAGGUCCGAUGGAGGGAUGUUGCCCAGGAGAAUCACUGGUCUCUGCUCAGAGGAACAUCACAAGAUUACUGUCUGCGUGAAGAUGGCUCACAGAGCAGGUCUCCUCCCUGACCACAAACCCAAACUUCCAGAGGGCCAUGUUCCAAAGAGGCCCAAGCAACAACUUAACAGAUAUUUGACCCGCUGGUCCGUCGAUUCAGUGAAACCCAUCUAUAAAAGUGGACUGAAGUGGUGUAAGAAGCGCAUGCCCGUUGGCCACCCAGCACUCAAGGACAACGUGCGUUACGGUUUCAAGCCUCUUAACAUGAAACACUGAAGGAGAGAAUCACGAAUCAGAACAUUAACUGUCAGAAGUGCAGGGAUGCAUUGGAUUUCCAUGUCUCUCCACCAGAUCUGAAAUCUACUGACUUUUGUUAAACUGCCCUGAAUAGGCCUAAAGCUUCGUCCAUCUGCUAUUGUGACUUUUGUUUAUUAAGCUGCGUCAUUCUUUUAGUGAAUCGUGGUCGGACACACCCAGAGUCAUCUAUUUUGUCUCUGUGGGUUUUGCAAAAAGCCCUUGAAGUGAAUUCACCGACAGCUUCAUGCGAACAACAACAACUGGGUCAGUGUUACACUUUCAAAGUAGGUGGCAUGUUGACUGUGUAAACUCAAGGCAAUGCAGAUGUCCAAAUAAAAUAUCUGUUUAUUCUGCCUCAA